UCUUACCAGGGGCGGACUGACAACUCAUGGGGCCCCCGGGCAAAUAGGGGAUCAUGGGGCCCUGUGUCAUCACCCAAACUCAAAAAAGCCUAUGAAAAAGGUACCAGGGGCAUCUCAUGGGGCCCCCUACUGACCCCAGGUUCUCGGGCGGUGCCCGAGUUUCCAAAUGGUCAGUCCGCCCCUGGUUCUUACAAGUAUAUGGCUUUGAGAAGCAUAUACCCUGUCACCAACUUAAAAAAGGCAAUAAAAUUACAGAAAAAUCAACUAUUUAAACAGAUUACUUUCAGUAUUUUCCUUUAAUUUAUUUUAUUUAUUUGC